UUAUGUUAUGCAUGCUCCUGUCUCAUUAAAUUUUAUCUCUCAGUGCAACAUGAAGAUGCUGAUAGUUAGCUAGCAGUAAAACAGUCGAAUGAAGCGAUGGCUAUUCUGUCCUGUAGUGUGCUUGUGUUGCAGAUGCUCCUACUGUGUAUACCUGCCAUGCACGCGGCAGGUAAUGCCUGCGUUAUUACAUGUGGAGAACAUAGCUCCCAAAUACACGAUGAUCUAAUCUCUCUCGACUGUGGCAACUCAACCAUCAUCAUCGACUAUUCUAUGACUAGCACUCUAAGUCUUUAUCUCCCAAGCCUUGAUCUAACAUGCACAAGUGCAGACAACUCCAGUGUAUAUACAUCAAGAAAUAUCGUUUGUGAGUUAGAUAGUACUAAAAGUGGACAUCGCACCAAGACGCUCAACCUGACAGCUGAGGGUAUUCUGCCGGGAGAUGAUUGUGUUAUUAGUGGUUGCUACGAGACUAAAGAGAUGUCUACACAUACACUGCAUAAUGUCAGGUGUACGGUUCCACGUGACUGUGUGUGGGGAGAGUGGAGCGAGUGUGCCGGUGAGUGUGGAGAGGGGAGACAGACCAGGAGCAGGGUCGUUAUGACCACAUCAAAGGGAACUGGGAGGGGCUGCUCAGGACCCUCCAGCCAGAACAUGACGUGCAACUCCUGUACAACUGUUGCUGAGCCAAUAAAGGCAUCAAUGAAUUCAAGUACGAGUGACUGCAACACUACCACUUGUCAUCAAUAUGCUGUGUGCACUGGCUUGCCCACUCCACAGUGCUCCUGUCUGAGUGGCUACACUGGCGAUGGAUAUGAGUGUGUCCAUGUUGUGACAGAAGACUGGAUGCCUCUGGUGGUUGCUGUAGUAACUGCACUAAUCAUCUUCGUAGCCAUUGCAGUGAUUUUGCUGAGUGCAAUUUUCAUUUACAGAUUCAACAGAAGACAUCGUUAUCUGGACCACAGACGUUUAAGAAAGCUUAUGGGGACAUUUGACCCAAAUUUCACCCCCAAUUUAUCCACCAAUCUCAAGAAAUACGCCGCUGUCUCAGAAAUCUCAGUAUUCGAUACCCUCUUCCCACCAACCCACCAUCCUCAAACUGAUUACAUCACUCUGGAUCAACUGGGCAUUUAUAUCCAUACCAACCGACGCAGACCAUCGGACUCGGACAGCUGCAUGGAACUGGAUGCUGCAGGGCUCCCCGACAGCAAAGAAGAGUCUUCUCUACAAACCGUAAACUGCUCACAAUCACCAAGAAACUCAAUAGUCAACGGCUCUACGUUUUCCCUGGACGUUACUAUGGUUCAAGCACUAUUUCAAAUGCCAGGGACGUUCCAUAACUCGUAUGCCAUGUCUGACGAUAGUGAGGGUAGAGACACGCCGGAUUCUGAACCACAGGACUUUGUUGAGGACAUGCUGAGAAUAGACAUUGAGAAUAUAUCUGAUGAAGAAGAUGGCCAGUAUAUAGUCACAGAAGGUGGAGAAAGAACUGUGGAAUGUUUGCUACAAGAAACAGUCGAGCAAAAUGUUUCUCCGGAAGUUUCUGAACCUCAGGACUUUGUCGAGGACAUGUUGAGAAUAGACAUUGACAAUAUCUCUGAUGAAGAAGACAACCAGUAUAUAGUUACAGAAAGUGGAUUGUUAAAAAAAAACGUCGAGCGAAAUGUUUCUCCGGAAAUUUCUCUCGAGAUAGUGAGUGAUGAUGACUGCUCACAACCCUGUGAUGUAGAUGAGUGUUAUAUCAACGUUGGUGGUGUUUGCUUCACAUACCCCUCCAGUGAACACAUUGAGCACAGUCAAUGGACCAAUCAUUCUACAGACUUUAAUAAAGCGCAUUCAUCACAACCCUCAUUAGCUUUAGAGCAGAACUGUCACUUAUUACCCUCCCCAUUCAGUACCUCGACUCCCUCAAUUUUUGUCAAUAAUAAUAAUUAUUGACUUGCUUAUCGUAUCCAUUGUUGUUUGGUAUAUAA